AUGCUGGACUCGUUCGAAAUAUUGACGACCUCAGGUGUCGUCGUCUGGUCGCGCACAUACACGCCCAUCAAUCCUUCCAUCAUCAACAACUUCAUCGCGGAUACUUUUAUCGAAGAGAAGAGUGGCGCCAUUGCACUCAGUGACUCUAGAUCAGCAGCAGUCAAUCCCCCCUAUAAGAGCGACCAGCACACUCUCAAGUGGACUCUUGUCAAAGAAUUGGGCAUUAUUUUCGUUGCUGUCUACCGAUCCCUCCUCCACCUCUCAUGGGUUGACAGGCUCGUCGAUAAUAUCAAGACCAUUUUUGUCAAGCUCUACGGCGAACAAUUAACGAAGCCGCAUACCACCCUUGUUGAAUGCCAUGCUUUUGAUGAAUAUUUCGACGUGCAACUCGAGGAGCUAGACCAAACUAGUACCAAGGGUCCCUCUACCACCAUCACGGCCGGCGCAGUCCCAUUGGAAGAGGAAAUCAUCUCAGAUAACACUGGCGACGAACCUCCUGUUGCCCCCGGUCUAACAUACCGAGGACGUCACCUCAAUGGACCUCAGGAUGCCCUGUCCGCCGACGAGUCUACCCCUGCCUUGACGCCAAACGGUUCGCGACCCGGCACACCAAGCAACCACCUUCUUGUCGCCAAGGGCGGCCCAAUAGCCAAGAUCUCGCGACGUGCGCGCAAAGCCAAGAACCAAACAUCCGCUCCCGCCUCUUCCGGGGACGAGGCGCCCCGAAAGAAGAAGACUACCACCAAGAAAGGGCGUAAGUGGGACGCCGAUGGCUUCGCGGAUGAGGAUGAUGACGUGCAGCUUGACUACUCCGCAAAGGCGCACGCUACCAGCGAUUCAGAGGCUGAAGGGCGAUCGACUGCAGUGGAUGAAAUUGACUCCAAUACAUGGGGCUCGACAUCAAAGGGCAAGUUCGUGUUGAAGGACUUGGGUGACGAGGUACACGAGAUCUUGGCCUCGGAAGCGGAGAAGGCGGCGGGAGCAAAGUCACAAUCCAAGUCUGGUCUUUUGGGAUCUGGCGUCAGUGCCAUCAGUGGUCUCUUCCGCAAUGUUGUCGGAGGCAAGACUUUGACCAAGGAGGACCUCGACAAGGCUAUGAAGGGUAUGGAGGAGCACUUAUUACAGAAGAACGUAGCCCGAGAGGCUGCCGUGCGAUUGUGCGAAGGCGUAGAGAAGGAAUUGGUAGGCGUCAAGACUGGCAGUUUCGAGAGUAUCAACGCCAGGAUCCAAGCCGCUAUGGAAGCCUCAUUAACAAAGAUGCUCACUCCCACGUCGUCGCUCGAUCUUCUCCGCGAGAUCGACGCCAUUACCGCUCCCCCUGUAACAUCUCUCCGCAAGGCCCGCCCAUAUGUCAUGUCCAUUGUCGGUGUCAACGGCGUCGGCAAAUCCACCAACCUUUCCAAGAUCUGCUUCUUCCUUCUCCAGAACAAGUACAAGGUUCUCAUUGCUGCCGGUGAUACUUUCCGUUCUGGUGCUGUCGAGCAACUUGCUGUUCACGUUCGCAACCUUAAGGAGCUGACGGCCCGUGAAGGUGGUCGUGUCGAGCUCUACCAGAAGGGUUACGGCAAAGACGCCGCCACUGUUGCGAAGGAUGCUGUGAGUCAUGCUGCUCAGGAGGGCUAUGACGUCGUCCUCAUCGAUACAGCCGGUAGAAGGCAUAAUGACCAACGUCUUAUGUCGUCUCUUGAGAAGUUUGCCAAGUUCGCUCAGCCCGACAAGAUUCUCAUGGUUGGCGAGGCUCUUGUUGGCACCGACUCAGUCGCGCAAGCUCGAAACUUCAAUGCUGCUUUUGGCGCUGUCCGCACGCUAGAUGGCUUCAUUAUCUCCAAGUGUGAUACGGUUGGCGACAUGGUAGGCACUCUAGUUAGUCUCGUUCAUGCAACCAACGUCCCGGUCCUUUUUGUUGGUGUCGGUCAGCACUAUUCGGAUCUGCGCAACUUCUCUGUGAAAUGGGCUGUAGAGAAGCUUCUGAGCAAUCACUAA